GAUGACGUACUGUACUUGCUCACAAGACGUCCCUAGUGCUAUCCUUACGUACUACCCAAGACCUUUCAUAUAAGAACCUCUUCAUCUUCCUCAAUUCGUAUUUCUCUCUUCUCUAUCAUCACCACCAACAACUCACACUUCAACUACCAAGAUUAUUCAAUCACAUUCAACAAUCAACCUCAAACCAAACAACCAACCAAACCAUCACCAUGGACAAGAUUCAGAACGCCGCUAACUACGUCACUGACACUGUCAAGGGUGCCGCCAGCACCACCUCCAAGGAGGCCAACAAGGAGGUUGCCAAGGACAACAACGCCAACCUCGGCACUCGUGCCUCUGCUGCCAAGGAUGCCGUAGGCGACAAAGUUGACGAGAAGAAGCACAACACUUCUGCCGACGUCAACAAGGAGGCUGCCAAGCACUAAACUCUUUGUUGUAGCCAACUUAAACUACACGAUUGUACGAUUGAGAUGAUCGGGGGUUUGUGAUUACAUGGGCGUAUCGGAACAAACAGAAGGUUUCCUUUGUCGAGAUGGCAUGGGAUGAUGGAAUCAAUUCCCUAGAGAUAAAUAUUCUUGGUCAGGCUCUACAAUACCCCUAAGGUAGCUCAUUACAAUUUGUAUUAGCC